AUGGGCAACGAAGACAUCAACCGCAAGGACGUUUCGACUCAGAAGGACUGGCCUGAUGAUGAGAACAACCCGUUCGUCGCCUUCCGGCGCUACGCCGAUGAGCAGGUCUCCACCAUGCUUCAAUCUAUCACGGGCCUCCCUUCGAUGGUGACCCAACCUCACAACGGCCACUGGGAUAUAUUUGCGGAUAAUCACGGCUACCAGAAUCGAAUGGCUCGCCAAAGAACCGGUGAUAAUACGGAGAACAGCAGCUAUCCAACGGAUCGAGAAAGUGCGAGUGGUUAUCCGGGCAACAGAGAUGGAGACGAUCCACGCAACUAUGCAAAGAACUCACUAUCACCUUCGCCUGAAAGCGAUGAUUCCUGGAGAAAGUGGUGUAAUGGACCAUCCGAUUUCUUUGGCCUCGAUUCCUUCUUCGACCGAUUCUUUGAGGACCGCUUCUUCCCUUUCGCAUCGCAACUCCUACACUCCGGCCAUAACCUUCUCCUCCGGGAUAUGUUUGAGGACACUGACUCGCCCACCUGGCCGAUCGGGUAUAUCCUGUUCAGUCCAUACUCGCCUCUGCAUCUAGAACGCCAAGCACAAUACCAAGCGCACCGCGACAAGGGCGUUUUCUCAUCUCUCAUGUCAUCCUUGCAUCUCAACUCCGACCGUGACCCUUCCGAACCACAGUGGCGAGAAGCCUUCGAGGAUUUACUCCGACUCGAAAACGAUAAGCCGAUGCUCGAUGGCAAUGCCCCCGCCACGAGAUCCGAGUCUGGAAAGGAUUGGCUACAGGGGCUUGUUAAAAGAGGCAGCUUGGGAGAUAAGUGGAAGUAUGUGCCUCGCACAAAUGGCCAGCCUUGGUCAGGCAUUACGUUGUCUAGCCGUGCAGGCCCAGAGCAAGACCAGUCUCAGUCUCGAUCUCUACCCGAGAAAGAGAAAGAAUCAGCAGAUACGAAGGAGGCUGACAGCGAGCUGGACCUGUAUGAGCGCUUCUUGCAUGAUAUCGAAAAUCGUGAACGGGAAUUCUUCCGCGGUGUCUCCGAAAGCCCUCUUCUGCGUCUCCUCCUUGAGGAGCGACGGCAGCAACAGGAGGAACUUGAGAAAUACAGACGCAGUCCUCCAACUCCCGAUGAUCAACACAGUCAUGACGAUAAUGAGAAUUGGAUAGAUCUUGUAUCUGGCGGCAACAAGAAAUCUGUCCCUGAAACACCCAGGGAUUUGCCGGCCGAAAUCGACUCCAAGCCAACUGAAGCUGUCUCGGAACCAGUGCAGUCCCGUGUCAUCUCCACUAUGACUCGAACGGAACGUGUUCGGCUUCCGGAUGGGUCGGUUGAGAGUAAGAUCGUCAAUACGAGGCGUUUCGCAGAUGGCCGAGAGGAAAGUAACGAGUCUGUUGAGGUGUCUCAUCCCCAGGAAAGCUCCAAGCUUGAGUCCGAUUCAUCCAAAAACGGUUGGUUCUGGAGAGACUAG